AAGGCCUUCAAAAGAUAACGUUUACAACUUCCAAAAUAGACAUAUCAGUUCUCAUACACAGAUCUCGUUUUCUUUUUCACCACCCUUUCGUAACCCAAAAACUACACAUCCAUGGACGCCGGAGCUCUCUCCAAAAUCAUCCACCUCAAUCCAACGGCCCGCAUGUUUUCCAAACCAAAUCCUAAUCGUCCAUUCUUAUCCACUGCUAAAUCCAUGGUAUCUUUCGCCACCUCAAAUAAGAAUCACCAGUCCUACUGGACAUCUAUAAAUGCAGACAUUGAUACUCAUCUAAAGCAGGCCAUACCAAUCCGGCCGCCACUUGUUGUGUUCGAGCCUAUGCAUCAUUUAACCUUCGCCGCUCCGGAAACCACUGCGCCGGCCUUGUGUAUGGCUGCUUGUGAGCUAGUGGGUGGUCAACGUGAUCAGGCAGUAGCGGCAGCUUCUGCUUUACAUCUACUGCAUGCUUCUGCUUUUACUCAUGAGAAUAUCCCGGUGACGGACAGACCGCGGUCUAGUAGUCGGCCGGUGUUUGACCAUGCUUAUGAGCCGAACAUCGAGCUUCUCACGGGGGAUGGAAUGACACCUUUCGCGUUCGAGUUAUUGGCCCGGUUCGAUAAUCUGGCCCAAAAUGAUGCCGAUCGGGUUUUACGGGUUAUUAUUGAGAUCUCACGCGCUGUAGGUUCACAAGGUGUGGUAGAAGGGCAAUAUAAUGAACUACGAUAUGAUGAAUCCAACGGUAAGAAAUCAUUCAACGCCGCGUGGCUUGAUAAUGUUUGCAGGAAGAAAGACGGUGAAUUACACGCGUGUGCAGCUGCUUGUGGGGCAAUAUUAGGAGGUGGGAGUGAGGAGGAGAUGGAGAAAUUGAGGAGGUACGGGCUCUAUGUUGGUAUGAUUGAAGGAAUAUUCAAUAGGGGAGAAAGAAAUGAAAAAUGGUUACAAAAGGUAAAUGAAUUAAAGAAUUUAGCUCUCAAAGAAUUGAAAGAUUUCAAUCAAGAAAAGGUUAAAAAAAUUUUUAGUCUUGUUGAGAAUAAAUUUAAUAAUGUUUGUGUAUAAGAUAUUGAAUUAUUGGUACAAGAACUAGGGAGAGAGAGAGACAUAGCCAUGCAAUUACAUGUAAAUUGGUAUGUUUCUUUGUUUUAUUUUUAAAUUGUAUACUUCUACUUAUUUUCCCUUUUCUAAGCAAUUGCAUCUCACUAAUCUCAAAGUUAUAUCA